AUUAAAUUUAACUUUGUAAUAAAUGUUGUAAAGUUUAUUAAAAAAUAAUAAUAACAACAACCUGUUGAUUUAAAUGGUGGCAAGUUAAACUACGUUUUAGUAAAAAAAAAUUCCAUAUUGCGAGAUGAUGUGUACUGAACAAUAUGCCUUACGUUGGAAUAACUAUUCCAAUCAUAUCUCCGGAGCAUUCGAUUCUCUUCGCCACGACGAUAACUUAGUGGAUGUUACACUAAGUUGUGAUGGUGGCAAGAUACGUGCCCAUAAAAUCAUGUUAUCUGCAUGUAGUCCGUAUUUUCGAGAUCUUUUCAAAGAAAAUCCAUGUCAACAUCCUAUUGUAAUCUUACGAAAUGUUAGCUACACAGAUUUAUCAGCGAUUGUAUCGUUUAUGUACCAAGGUGAGGUGUCUGUGAUUAGUGAUCAAUUAACUUCUUUCUUGCAAACGGCAGAGCUUUUAGAAGUACGUGGUUUAACUGAUUCUGGACGAGAAUCACCAGUUUUGCCUGUAGAAGAAGUUGAUAAUCGAUGUUUACCACCGAUUGGAGACGAAACGCAACAGCAGCAAGUUGAAAGAAUUCCUGAGAAAUUUUCACCAAAUAAUAAGAAAAAACGGCGACUUACUAAUGAUGAACAGACAAAUGUUUUGGAUGGUUCGUCGGUUAAUAAAUUGAAUGAAAAUGCAUCUAUGAUGGAAAAUUCAAAUGAAAAUUAUAAUUAUGUUGGAGAGGUUUACGGGAAAGAAUUGAUUGAUGUUUCUGAAUUGAAUCAAAAAAAUACUUCUUUUAUUACAGGACGAACUGCAACUGUAACGGCAACAGCUACAGCAACUUAUAAACGCAAAGACGAAACAGGCAAUGUUAUAUCGGAACAAACAACGGAAACUAGUAGUACCCCAGGACCUUCUGCAGAUCAAGAUGAUAUGAAAGGACAAGCCGUUGAUGGUGAAGAUGAACUACUAUUUCGUUGUCGCCUCUGUUGGAAAGGAUUCAAACAUCCAAUGUCCUUAACAUUACAUCGAGAUGCACAUGAAGGAAAAACUGAAUGUCCUGUAUGUCGACGGCAUUUCAGUCGAUCGUAUGAUAUGCGAUCACAUUUAACUCGUAUCCAUAAAAUGACAUUAAGUUUAGAUGCUAAAUUAGAUUUUACUGACGAUAAAGUUUAGCAAAUAGUUAAAAACAUUAGAGUGCUUUUAGCACAGUUUGUGAUAUCGAAUUAGUAAGAAUUAUUUAUUCUCAAGAGAAAGCUAAGGUCAAUCAUAAUUUUACAAAUUUGUUUCAAAGAGUUAAUCUUUAAUAGAGUUUAUAUGGUACAUAUUAAUUCGAGGCGAUAAUUUUUUUGAGGCAUUAAGGCUAAUUUUUUUGGUGCUUGUGAAGUGUUGUGAAUUCAUUCGCUUAGUUAAUCGAAUAGUCUAACAAAUAGCCUUUUUAUUCAAUCACAAUUGUUAAUCUAUUCAAACUAUUUAAGCUUUUAACGUCACAAAAAGUAAAAAUAAACAGAAAAAACAGAAAGUUAUUGAGAAACCUUUCACAUAAAAAUUCAAGUCAUUAUCGGACUAAAUAAACUCAUCUACGCCGGUUUAACUUUUGUCAAUUGUAGAAGUUUUGAAUACUAAUUUUUUAGAAGUCAUAAAAUUUAUUUUUUGUAUUUCCACUAUUAAUUUGUUAACUUGUGAACAUAAACCCACGAUGUCUUCAAUUGAUUUCUAUACAAGUUACCAAUUUCUUACAAAAUGAG